GCGGAGGGGGAAGAAACAGAGAGAGAGAAAGAGAGAGGGAGGAGGAGGAUCGAUGGACGACGCCCGGAGUUCGCCUUCGCCGCCAUCUCCUUCCUCCUCGAGCGCUUAUUCGUACGUCCUACUUAACUACCCGCUGAUCUCCGCGAUAGUCUCCUUCGCCGUCGCCCAAUCCAUCAAGUUCUUCAUGACCUGGUACAGGGAAAGACGCUGGGAUGCUAAACUACUGAUUGGAUCUGGUGGGAUGCCUUCAUCCCAUUCAGCCACAGUUACUGCACUUGCAGCAGCCAUUGGAAUCCAAGAUGGUUUGGGAAGUUCCAUAUUUGCUGCUGCAACAAUAUUUGCAUCUGUUGUAAUGCAUGAUGCUUUUGGUGUUCGAUUGCAUGCUGGAAAGCAGGCAGAGGUGCUGAAUCAAAUUGUAUAUGAACUUCCAGCAGAUCAUCCUCUUUCAGAUACCAGGCCUUUGCGUGAACUAAUUGGUCAUACUCCUCUUCAGGUCGUAGCUGGUGCUUUCUUGGGCUUUGUCAUAGCUACUACGGGUCAGUUGAUAAAGAAGGUAGCCAGUGGAACAUGAUCGUUGUGAUCUGACUGGUAACACCGUGACAUUGGACACUGUCAAUUACAGGGAAAUAGGAUGGGCACCCCAAACUAGUGGGCCAAAUUGAUUAUUCACAUAGAAAUAUAUCUAACACAUUGCUUUCAUUGUGCCUAAUGUUGGCCAUACUGUUUCCUUCAAGUUUCUUCUAUCAGAACUACUGAAUUUUAGAAGUGUCCUAACUCCUGUUAUUAUAGGACAUUUUGAUUAAUGAUUUAUUACUUAAUUAUGGUUGAGCUGUAUAAAUAUUAUAUAUGUAAGUAUAUACUUAUUAUGUAUCAAAUACCUAAAAAGACAUUGGAAGUGAGGUUGAGAAGGUUUGAGUA